CGCGCGCGCGCCUUUGGAAUUGAAGUAUUAAAUGUUACGGGCAGAUGGCGGUAUAGUACAGACGUCAGUGGUCGGAUGGUUGUUCCGUUCGUUAAUCGAUCAAUUCGGGUGUCGCUGUGUUCAUUCGAAGGAAGGGAGACGUAUAAUAUAGACCGUAGAAAAGGAAAUACGGAAAUAGGCCGAGAUGCGAGAGCGUUAAGUAGAGUAAUGUCGGGCUUUCGGAUUGGACACGACUCCUUCACUAUUGUCUACCGUAAUGCAUAGAUCAGUAGUGUAUCCUAAUUUCCUAAGAGGAAUCAUCAAAAUGUCGUUGAGGAAACGUUGACGUUUAAUACACGAUAAAACGGAAGGACGUAAAAAGGCUUGCCGCUGGACCACGGAGUGUUAACUAUGAUGAGAUAACGAACGCAGAAUGAAAUACAACAACGUUGACUUUCUCGGUUAUGCAGUCCUCACAUUCACUUUACAUCUUAACGUUCGCGCAGAAGACGGAGUUGCUUGCAAGGAUUUACAAGGACGUUCUUAUGAAAGCGGUUACCUUUACUUUCCUGGUCCGGAACCUUGUACAUUUUGUGUUUGUGAUAACGGCAAUCCAAAAUGGUGCAAAGCUGUUAUUUGCAAAUUUCUUGAGGAAGACUGUAAAUCUUUGCGAAGAAGCGAAAAGUGCUGUGAAUUUAUUUGCUUAAACGAUGCUAAUGAAAAAUCUGAUGGCAGUGGUACCAACUUGGUAGAAGGAAGCGUUAACUAUGAUAUAGGGUUACGUUCUGUUGCCAGUUUUGCAACGGCAAUAAUAUCUUUAAGUCUUUUAUUUUUCUUAAUAUAUCGCCUACGUCAACGAAAAAUUAGAGAUUCAGGGUAUCCCAUGUUAGUGUGUGUGGCAGGAAGACAAAGCAGACAAUUAGCAGAGGACCAAAGAAAUCUGGGCAGUAUGGGAUAUUUAGAAAGAGGAGGACUACAGCAUGGCAUACCAAUGGAUGACAUGCCUUGUGGCGGUGGAUAUCCUUUGUGGAAACCGGCAAACAAUUAUUUUCCACGCGGAGAAGCACCUCCACCUUACGAAGAAGCUGUAGCAGCUGCUAGAACAGAGCAAGCGCUUUUAUCUAUGGCCCCCCAUACUACAUUGUCUCCAUUAAAUUUUUCAAAUGGCUAUUUGCAAGAUACCAAUAGUCAUCCAAAUAUAGCCGUUGUAGCUAGUAGUCAAGAUGCGUUAAAUUCGACUUCACCGAUGCCUUCAAAUAGUAACGGUGCAAGCACUGUCCCAUUAGUAGUAUCAUCAUCAAACGUAACGAUCGGUUCAUUAACCACAUAUACGAACUGUCACCAGCUUAAUCAAAGUGAACAAUCAACGACCCUUAACGUUGGUACAUCCACUGCUACAAAUUACGCGGCAUCUACGAAUACAUAUGAAAAUUUGCCAGUAUCCAAUGGUAUAACGAAUUUCACUUAUCAAAUAGCCACAGCAAGUAACGAUACUCAACAAUUAACGAGUUCCCAUUCAACUAUUUCGAAAAGUUAUCGACAACACACCACGUUUCCUCGUCAAAGUGGUGGUGCAUUUACAAUAUCCGCGAGCUUACCAAGUUCUGAGUUAUCCGCUCAUCGUACUAUUCCGAGAACGCUCACAAAUAACACUCCUACGACUAGAAUAAAAGAUAUUAUGAGUGAUCGUUCUACGGACGAGAUAUUUCAUCUUCCACCGAGAAGUUUGUCACCAAAGAAUUUGCCGCAAUCAGUUUCGCCGAUGGUAUCUAACGAUCAAGAACGUAUGCAAGAACCUUCUAAUAUAUUUUGCAAGGACGUUAUAACGUCUGCAACUGCAAAUGUAACUCAAAUUGAAAGACAACAAGGAAAUAUUACUUCGCGAAAACCGUGUGACUUUAAGCCUCCUUUAAACGUUGCUAACGAGAUUAACGAAGAUGGAAGUUUUGAAUCGGUAGCUUGUACUUGCAGUAUGCAAACUCUUCCAACUCUGCACGAUGAUGCGGAUGAUUAUCGUAGCGAGUGCGAAAAUUGUAAAAGCGCAACUGGAUCUCGUUAUUAUUUGGAUAACGAGGAUGAAUUAGUUACAUCACCGCACGAAACCAUGACAUUACAUAGGAGACCAGAGGAUACAGCAUCAAGUGCCACACCUCAAUAUUAUAGGACUUCUCUUACACUGCCGACAAGUACUCGUCAACGUACAAGGAGUACUGGAAUUCGUGAAAAUUGGUUUAAUACCAUGCCACAAAGUUCUACAGAAUCUUCGGAUGAAAAUUAAAUG